GAAGGCAGCAGGUGUGUGUGCUGACAGUAUCCGGUGUGUGUGUGUGUGUGUGUGUGUGUGUGUGUGUGUGUGUGUGAGCAGACAGCAGGGCGAGGAGCAGCUGGACUUUGUUUCUGUCACUUUUAAGUUUAGUUGAACUUCUCCGUGACUCCGUGAAGACGCGCGAGCAGCUUCCGGUAUGAACGCGCUGCUGCGGCGCUGCCGGCGGCUCCGUACCUGGACAGAUCUCCAUGUAGGAGUCUCUGCCUCCACCUUCGAUGUGAGGAAAGUGGAGUUAACUCCUCUGGAGCAGCGGAAGCUCACCUUCGACUCUCACACCAUGGUGACGGAGCUGGAGAGCAGCGGUUUUUCGAAGCGUCAGGCGGAGAUCAUCGUGUCGGCGCUGGUUACCCUGGCAACGGCCAACAUGGACAUCGUGUAUAAAGACAUGGUGACUAAAUCCCACCAGGAAAUCGCUCUGCUGCAGAUCAUGGCUCACCUGGACUCCAUCAGGAAGGACAUGGUGAUCCUGGAGAAGAGCGAGUUCGCCAACCUCCGCUCCGAGAACACAAAAAUGAAGAGAGAACUGCAGCAGCUUCAGAACAGACUGACGGAGGAGGGUCUAAAAGUCCGAGCAGAAACCAAACUGGACAUCAACCUGGAGCGCAGCCGGACAUCGGACAUCUUCACUGAUCAGGAGAAGAAGCUGAUGGAGGCGAGCACAGAGUUUCAUCACAAGAAAGCCGACCUGGAAAACGACAACAUGGAGAUCAACAAGAAGAUCGACCUGCAGGUGGCGUCGCUCAAAACUGUCCUGGAGUCACACAAACUGGAGACGAUCCGCUACGUAGCAGCGACGUUGUUCUCGUGCCUCGCCGUCGCUCUCGGAGUCUACCGGCUGUGGAAGUGAAUCAUCACUCCGCUCAUCUUCAUCCUCCACACAAAGUAGUUCCUUUCAAAUCUGUUCAAACAUCCUUUAUCCUUCCUUCCUUCCUUCCUUUCCUCCCC